GUCCUUGAUCAGAGUAAGAGAGAAGUGGGUUACAAGGACCCAUGUUAAAGAUGUUGAACCUAUUCAGGGAAGAUGUUCUCUUCCUCGUACAAAACAAGUAUGAUAUAGCCUUGGUUGCAUUCCUCUCAAUAGCAACAUAUGCUUUCUUGAAAGCUCGGAGAAAAGUCAAUACAAGCAAUAAAGAAGACAAAAUCCCUGGUGGCCUUGGCCUGCCUUUCGUUGGUGAAACCUUUUCUUUUCUUUCGGCUACUAACAGUACAAGAGGGUGUUAUGAUUUUGUUAGGCUCCGGCGAAAAUGGUAUGGAAAGUGGUUCAAGACCAGAAUGUUUGGCAAGAUUCAUGUUUUUGUUCCAAGUAUAGAAGCUGCAAAAAAGGUGUUCACUAAUGAUUUUGGAGAAUUUAACAAGGGAUACAUCAAAUCAAUGGCAACUGUUGUUGGAGAGAAGAGUGUUUUUGCAGUACCGAUUGAAAGCCAUACAAGGAUUAGGCAUGUUCUAUCUGCUCUCUUUUCCAUGUCUUCCCUUUCUAAAUUUGUUGAGAAAUUUGAUCAAAUGCUAUCUCAGAGGUUGAACAAAUUAGAACAAAAUGGGAAAACCUUUCCAGUGCUUCCAUUCACCAUGAAGCUGACCUUAGAUUCAAUGUGCAACAUGCUCAUGAGCAUUACAGAAGAAUCCUUGCUGCAACAGAUUCUGAGUGACUGUGCUGCAGUUUCAGAUGCCUUACUAUCUGUUCCUCUGAUGAUUCCUGGAACCACGUAUUAUAAAGGGAUGAAAGCACGUCAAAGGCUAAUGGAAAUCUUCAAAGAGAUGAUUGCCAGAAGGCGAAGUGGGAAGGAGUAUAAAGAUGAUUUCCUGCAGUACUUGUUAGAAAGAGAUUCCUGUCCAUCUAGUGAAAAGCUCGAAGACUCAGAGAUCAUGGAUAACCUGUUAACAUUAUUAGUUUCAGGGCAGGUCAGCUCUGCAGCUGCUAUGAUGUGGAGUGUCAAGUUCCUAGAUGAGAACGGAGAAGUCCUGGACAAGCUCAGGGAAGAACAAUUGGACAUAGCUAAAAAUAAGCAAAGGGGAACCUCACUUUCCAUGGAAGAUAUAAACAGGAUGUCCUAUGGAUUAAAGGUUGUCAAAGAAACAUUGAGAAUGUCAAAUGUUGUGUUAUGGCUUCCCAGAGUUGCACAAAAUGAUUGCACACUUGAUGGUGUUGAGAUGAAGAAAGGAUGGAUUGUAAAUGUUGAUGCAACAUGCAUACAUUUCGACCCAGCUUUGUAUGAGGAUCCUAUGCAAUUCAUCCCUUCAAGAUUUGAUGAAAUGCAAAAGCCAUACAGUUUCUUACCAUUUGGGGCUGGACCUCGGACGUGCUUAGGAAUUGAAAUGGCAAAACUAUCUAUGUUGGUGUUUCUACACAGGCUGACUAGUGGAUAUGAGUGGACAAUUGAAGAACGAGACCCCAGCAUGGAAAAGACAACACAUGUUCCUAGACUGAGGAGUGGCUUGCCCAUAACCUUAAAGGCCCUAACUAAAAAUGGAAAGUAAAGUAAUACAUGGCAUGGGCGAGCAAGAUUUAGAAGCUCAUGGGGUUUUUCAAGGCUAGAAAGUUUUAAGGACGCAUGUGUUCAUAUUGUAUGACCUAUUUAAUAUGUUUUAAGUAUUUUAUGUUGAAUAGGUUUGUGGGUAAUGUGUUCUUAUAAACACUUAGAUAAUCUAUUUUAUGGAUAAUGUGCUCUAAUAAAUAUUUAGAAUCUUCCUUCCUUAAAUUAGUUUUUUGAGUGAG